UUAUCAAAUAUGUAUCUUUUCUUGAAUCUUCAUUAGAAGUUGUUGUGAAGACAAUGGGAAGAAGAUCCAUGCAAGGAAUUGUAUAGAUAGACGAUAGAGUACAAUGGGUUUGUCCAUGUUCUUUGUAAUCUGCAUUCUCCACUCCGUGAUUGCCAUAACGAGUGGAUCCUUAAUAAUGUUCUAUCUCCACGAGAUCUAUAUACUCGGCCAUGGUGUUAAAACGGCUCAAAAGCUUUUAGGGUCAACCCCACAUGACCAAUUGUUAAUUCAGACAUCCAAUUCAUUUGUUGGGUUGCUUCUCUUUGUAGUUGGGUUCUUGGUGUUCAUGGUAGCCUUUAUUAAAGACAACCUAUUCCAGAGCUUUUUCGCCAAAGGAUGUGUACUCCUUCACUUAUCAAUGGCUGUGUGGAGGGUUAAUUUUGAGAGGAGGUUAGAGGAUCUGGCUUGGGAUUGGCCGAGACAAGUGAUAGGUGAUAUUCUGCUGGCUCUAUCUUGGGUCUUCUUUUUACUCUAUACUUGGAAGGAGAAGUAUGACUAGCAUGCACUGCCAAGUGCCAAUCUCACUCACAUUUUGUUCGACAAUGUGGAGUUAGUAUCUGGAUAUUCAGUGGAAAAAAGAGAGCUUGGGAUCUGUGAAUGAAAUGAAAGGUUGCCAUGUGCCUAAGUCUAA